AUGAACCGGUUUCUCAAGGAAUUGGCGCCCGAGCGGCCCGUGGAGCGAAAUAACGUGAGCCAUGCUAAUCACCUCUGCAAGCGUACCGUGACUGACCAGGUCUUCCGCAGUUCUUCAUCCACCUCGAUGAUGGCCUCCACUGGUCUCACCGGAUGGGGAUCAGAGCGGCACCGAAGUUGCUUGUGCGUACUGUCUACCUAUCAUGUGAAGGAGCAUGCGAAAACUAACAGUAUGGGUUCAGCAUGGGCUACGGCAAACAGCCAAGGGUUGACCGUCGACGAGAUCCAUUUUCGAUCCGAGCGACAGACUUUGCGACGUCUCCUCCGUUUGAGGGCCAUUCUUACGAUCCGCACCUAUUUCGAGACGAUCCUCAAGAUCGCGAAAGAUCCUUUCAUCGCAGGACGGUUGGCCGAGGCGAUUCGAAACUGCGAUAAGACCAGGUCGGUAUACAAGGGGAAGGCCCAUUGGGAGAAUAUCCUGCUUCCUUACUUGGAUGAACAUGGUCGGCUGCAGAGGGAAUUGGGGAUGUGUGUGAAGCAAGUGGAGGGAUAA